AUGCCGUCUCCCAUCGUCACGGCCACGCUUCAAGCGACGGUCUUAUCAUCGGCUUCCAAUAUCUGCGCACAAAUCAUUGUGGCGUACCAAAACAAGCGCCCCUUCUCUCUGGACAUCAUCCAGUUCCUCCGCUUCGUGACGCUCUCCCUGAUCACGGCCCCGCCGAACUACCACUGGCAGCAGUUCCUGGAACGCACGUUCCCGGCGUACCCGUCUCCGUCCUCGUCGUCGUCUCGGCCGAGCCGGCGGCUGAGCGACGUGGAGAUGAAACCGGUCGACGCGGCCCUGGCGGCCGAGAAGAAGCACGACGAGGCCUCGUCGGCCGGGCAGCAGCCCAAGUUCAGCCUGCAGAACACGCUGACCAAGUGGUUCGUCGACUGCAUCACCCUCGGCGCCAUCUUCAACACGGUUGCCUUCCUUGUCAUCAUGGGGUUCAUGAAAGGGCAGGACCGGAGCCAGAUUUGGUAUAAUAUCCAGACUGAAACCAUCCCGAUUAUCGUGGCCGGGUAUAAGAUCUGGCCUAUUGCGUCUAUUAUCAGCUUCAGCUUCGUGCCUGUCAACCGGCGCAUUGUCUUCCUAAGUUUUGUUGGCUUGCUCUGGGGUAUUUAUAUGAGUUUGGUUGCUCAGAGGGUGUGAGGGAUCGGUUCUCUCUGUCCUAUGUUAUGCGUUCCAUGCUUCUGUGUGCUGCUUUGUGUAGUACGGGCCACCGCAUUUGACGAGUUUGCGAGGUAUAUGGAUGUCUUUGGGGGAGGAGUCCAUGGGUGGGCUGCGGGAACGCGGGUUCGGUCCACCGCACCCCAUUAUUACCCAUCGCUCGUGUGUCCCUUCUCCACAGUGCAAAAGAGUACCCUUCUUUUCACCUCUCCCUAUGGGCUUUCUUCUUCAUUCUUCGUUUAUGAGUUCCCUCCGUGGAUUGGGCGGGGAUUCCGUGGACAGUCAUCCGCUAGAAGGGACAAUAGCUUAUGGUGUAUCACGAUUCAGGCCAAGAGUAGGAUCAUCAUGUACAUUACGUGUACAACGACGGUUGUAGAGGAGAGCAUCAAUUAACAUGAAUUGUUU